AUGGAACAAUACAGAAACCAGAUCAGAAGAUCUUCGGCGACAGAAGUCCGGUGCCGGAACCACCCCACCCACCGGCAGUCACCCGGAGUUUGUUCUCUUUGUCUUAGAGAAAAACUCCACCAAAUAUAUACUACUACUACAACUUCCCGUGUUAAAACCGCUCCGGUGGAAUCUAGCUCUUCGUCUUCUUCAUCACUAUCUUCUCUCUCUUCUUCUUGUUCUUCCAUGGAUGCAUCUCCCAUUCACCAAUUAUAUCAUGAUCAUAGCCAUAAGAGAUCAUUCAUGAUGGAGAAGAGUCGAUCCAUGGCCGCCGUCGUGACGAGAGAUGAUCAUGGAAUGGUAUUUUGGAAGAAGAGAUCGAGUGGGUUUUGGUCCAAUUUGGUUGGAACUAGAUCAAGAAGCAAGAGGAUUAAUGAAAAUGGUUUGAUGCAUGCAAAAAGUGCGAGAGAGAGGAUCAUCACAGCUAACUAG